UCAAUAGUUUGCAAAUUUACUGUUAUUCUAAAAUUUGAACAUUUGUAUUUGGCUUUAAAAACUUUCAUUUUUAUAUCCUUUUUUUGUUUUCCCACGUGACACGCUGCUGUCACGUGACACCCGGGUAAUGUCAUGUGAUCCACACGGGCUUUGUGCAGCGCUGUUAGCGAACUGACGUUAGCACAAAUACAAAGUGAAACUUCGCAUUAUUUUGCACUACAGUAAGCUGUUGCGAUGUUUACUUUAUAAAGCAACGACUUUAUAGUUGCGAAGGAUUACAUUGCUUUUCAAGUGCCAGUAUUGUGUAAGUUAGGCCGCGGCUUUGCUGUAACUGUUUUGUCACUGUAAGUUACAUUAAAAAUAUGGACUUAAAAUGUAAACAGUCAUGUUGACGUUCCCUGGAGUUAUUUUGAGAUUUUUCGGCGACACAACUGUGAUUCAUGCCGUAUGCUAAUAAAUCGCGCCACCCCGUUUUAUCUGGAUAUUCAGAAUGAACGGCACAGAGCAAAAUGACCUGAAAAGACAAAACCUGUUGGAGAGAGUACUCGAUGCAGUUAAACAGUGCCAAAUCCGCUUUGGUGGAAGAAAGGAGAUUGCCUCGGAUUCUGAUAGCAGAGUGAUAUGCCUGUGUGCCCAGUUUGAAGCAGUGCUUCAACAUGGCUUGAGGAAAAGUCGAGGGUUAGCCCUCACAGCAGCUGCAAUAAAACAAGUGGCUGGAUUUAGCAGUAAAACUGAAGCAGAGCUGACGUUCUGGUUUUAUGUGAAGGAGCACCUUAACCGUCAUGAGCUGCAGCGUUUUUACUCUCUGAGGAAUAUCACUUCUGAAUCGGGCAGGGGUCGAGCAUGGCUUCGUUGUGCCCUGAAUGAGCACUCUCUAGAGCGAUACCUUCACAUGCUGCUGGCUGACCGGUCCCGCCUAAGUGCCUUCUAUGAAGACUGGGCUUUUAUUCUGGAUGAGGAGAGAGCCAGUAUGCUGCCUAUAAUGGCUGCAGGGCUCAAUUCCAUCUUGUUUGCCAUUAACAUUGACAACACGGACCUAAACGGGCAGAUUCGCGGUGGAUCAUCAGUGUCCCAUCUCCUUAAGGAGUCCACACAAGGAAUGAGCAGUUUAUGGAAGGAGUCUACCCAGGGUGUAAGCACACUUCUGCGGGAAAUUGGCACUGCCACUGCAGUGGUUCCUGGUUUCAUCCCACGCACAGAUGUUCAGUCAGAUCCGCUGCCUGUCUUGCCCCGAAGCACUUCUGCAGAUUCCGGUUUAAGGAAAGAACGCCGGCGAAAAAAGAAGAUCACACACAUCAUCUCCUUUGAUGAUGACUUAGACGGGGGUGCGGAUGACGAUGACGAGGCAGGUGAGGAUGUUGUGAGGAGUCUCAGGAGGAGUGUGGUCAGUCAUGUGAGUUCUGAAGAGGCGCUGGACCCUCCAGACUCCAUUUUUCCUGCUCAGAACGGGCUGAACGAGUCAGGGAUUGUGAGCUGGGCCGAAACGCCUCCACAAAAUGGAGUCCUGCCUGAUACCAAGAGCAUUGAUAAUGAAGAGGAGGAAGAUGAUGAUAUUUAUGGAAAGAACAAGCCAGAGCCCCAAGAAGAUAAUGGGGAGCCGAUGGUUGUGGGGAGUUUGUCCAGUAUUUCCACAUGGAGCCCAAGGCAGAUCAUCAGUGACAAUGAUAACGACAGCUCACACAUUCUCAUACCUGUGGUCUCCACUGAGCCUUACACAAAAGAAGCUGGUAGUUCAGUUGAGAAUACAGAGUUUCAUGGACAGAAGGAGAGCUCAAGCCCACCAGCUGACAGUGAAAAAGGAAGCCAACUCCAAUUUAGCAUUGAGCCUGGGUCACCACAUCAGAUUGCUCCCGUCUCCAGUGUUAUGCCCACUGCUGCACUUCCUGAGUCCAUGACUGUUGCUGAACUACGGCAAGCCAUUGUGGCCAUGAUGAAUAGGAAAGAUGAGCUCACAGAGCAAAACACGUCUCUGCGUGGUCUUCUGGAUGGGGAGAUGGAGCACUCUGCAGGGCUCAGACAAGAGGUGGACAGCUUGAAGAAGAGACUGGCUGAGCUAGAGGAGAGACAUGCAGCCAAAGUCCAGGCUCUCAUGAGGGAGAAUGAGGUUCUGAAGGUCCAGCUGAAGAAGUAUGUUGGCGCUGUCCAAAUGCUGAAAAGAGAAGGCAGUCAGGGCAAUGAUGCAUUAAUCAUUCAGACGAAUUGUGAUGAUCCGCCUCCAGCCCCACAAAACAGGUCUGUGGCUGAUAUAGAGGAACUGGCUUCCAACUAUGAGCGUAAACUCAUUGAGGUCGCUGAGAUGCACGGGGAGCUGAUAGAGUUUAACGAGAGGCUGUAUCGCUCUCUCAUGGCGAAAGACAAUCUGAUCGGACAGAUGAGACGGGAACUCAUUGACUUGCGUGGCCCAGUUCCAGGGGACCUGAGCCAGACCUCUGAUGAUCCCAGCCUAUCUGACUUUGAGACAACUCAACGUGCUCUUGUCAAUGUGUGGAUCCCUUCUGUGUUUCUUCAAGGUCGAGCAGCCAACGCAUAUCAUGUGUAUCAGGUAUACAUUAGGAUCUUGGACAAUGAGUGGAAUGUGUAUCGGCGCUAUACUGAGUUCAGGGUACUGCACAAUCACCUCCGGUCGCAAUUCCCACAGGUCGACAACUUCAAUUUCCCACCUAAAAAAGCCAUCGGCAACAAGGAUGCCAAGUUCGUAGAAGAAAGAAGGAAACAGCUGCAGUCGUACCUACGUAUGGUGAUGAAUAAACUGAUCCAGACACUGCCUGAAUUCACUGCCCAUCCCACCAAGGAGACCUUACUGCAGCUGCUGCCUUUCUGCCAGGACGCCCCAGUAGCCGGCGAGAGUGGAAACAAAACUGCCCGGUCCAAAGCAUCCAGCAGAUUCCCAAGGUUGGGUCGCAACUCGGGCCGAGAAGCUCGCAACCCCGAACCUCAGAGCGGAGACCUUUAACCUGAUGCACAGGAUGUACGCAGAAACUGCUGCAGGCUUCUAAAACUUUGGAGUUUAACCUAAAAAUAUAUCUGAGGGAGCAAGAGGUAAGAAUAUUUCCCACAGUCCUCGGAAAUCCAGGAGCCUCUUUUCUAUUAUGGAUGUACACACCACAACAGUUGGCGAAUCAACGAGACUGCAAGAAAGAAACAUUUGGCACAUGUCAGUUAAGUGGUGGAACUUUCAGUUACUGUUGUGCCUAGCGAUCUACAGGCAGAUGUUGCUUUGGGGGAGAGCCAAGAUGGAUUUUUUACUGCAGUGAUAUGAAAGUUUUAUGAGACUGCAAUGAAAAUUGUGCUAUAGUUUCAUUUAGAAAUAACUUGCACAUCAUUAUGAUUUCAUUUACAGUUUACAGUCAUUUACUUGUCUGUGGCAUAAGAGAUUUUUUGUAUACAUUUUGUUACCAUGCUUUGCUGUUGAGGCACCGUACUGCCAACCAAUACUUAUGAGCUCAUUAUAAUAAAUGUACCAAUCAAUCACUCUCUACCCUCCCCGUAGAGAAAUCCCCAAUGUCUACAAUAAUUUAGCCUUUAGAUUUUUGUCUACGUUCAAGCUAGAAGUAUAGUUUUUACGCAUAUGCGAAGGUCUGCAUACAGUUCGUCUACGCAAAUUUCAUCAUUAUGGUACGAAAAGUAGGCGCACACUGUACACGCACCACCAGAUUUUUGUAACCGCUCGUACUAUGUAUACGUAUGUUGCGCAUGCGCGUACAGGAGAAUGUAGUAUGUAGCCGAGGAGAUGCAUUGCAUUUUGUUGCAAUGUGCAUGCGGCGAACGUCUGUGUACACGUACAAGUCAAAUAACCUGUGUGCGUACCUUCGCGUACACGUAAAAAAAAACAUGUAUUUCGGCUUUACAUGACAACGAAAAGAUGUAGUAAAAACAGAUAAGUUUUGCUUUGCGUUUUUGAAAACAUUCAUUUAAGACAGCGCUGUCAAGAACAUCUGCGUUUGCACGGAUCCGCCAAGCAACUAAAUACAGUACACUGUAUUUUGUGUGCCAAGCCAGUAGUUGGUGAGGUUACUUUGUAAAGAAGAACUAUGAAAGUAUCAAGCAGUUACUAUCUUGAACUAUAAAACUGUAAAAUUUUGUAAACCUUGUAAGAGAAGCGUUAAUAUAAACUCAGUUCUUUAGGCCGCCAUUUUGGUUUUGGUUAUAUUCACGCAUGCCUAUAGACUGAAUUAAAGAGCACCUAUGGUCCGAUUCACAAUUUUACAUUUCCUUUGGUGUGUAAGUGUGUAUUAGUACAUGUUAACGAUAUGCAAAAGGUACAAACCCUAAAGUAAACGAUGAUGCGAGUUAUCGUUUCCAACGUAAAUCUCUAUUCUUGGACUACAGCAAACACACAGAUUGUAGGCAACAGUUUACUUUCGAUCAGAUCGAUGAGCUUUGUACAAAAUCAUAGCGUUUCAGGAAGAUAGGAUAUCUGGAGUUACAAAAAUGUACGGUAUGUGUAAAAUAAUGGGUGAUUCUCACGAAAUCCAGACUUAGAAGGUGUCCAGCAUCAGAUUUUUUUAAAAAGCCCUUGAAGCCAUUUUUUUGCAUAUAUAAGAUUAAGGUCUAAAAUUACUAUAACCAUUAUUUUUAGAGGAUUUAAAACAUACUUCCUAUAGAAUUUUUUUUUUUUUUAUAUUAUCAUUAUAAAAAUGAUCAUUACCGCAACAUGAUAUUACAUUAAAUAUAUGCAUUUACAAACUCAUGUUUCGGUAAUGAGAACUAAAAAGUUGUCUAGGUACUAUGACGAACAAAAUUUCAACUUUUAUCUGGAGAGAAAAAAUAAGAACUGCUUACCUGUUAGCCAUCUUGAGUGUCACAGUCAAUUAUGUCCCUUCCAACAAUUUUUUUUAAAAAGCUAGUUCAUUGAGAGCUUAAACAGUGAUUGAAAAUUGUUGCGGAGGAUGAGAACAUUUUUCUUGGACACAUUUAUAUUCCUUAUUAUUGUCUCUGCAUUUGCCAAUGAUCACCAAAUACCACAUGUUUCUUUACUGUAAAUGUUUAUAGUAUAACAUGCACUGAAGCUUUUUAUUUUUUAGAUUUUUUAAUUAUAAAUAUUUCCAUGUCAAAGAACCAAAAUGCAGUCAUGGACAGGUUGCGGUAAUGAAAAAUUUCCCCUUAAAUGUGGAAAAAACAACAAAAUUGGUUUGUAUGAUGUCAUUUGAAAUCAUGUGCAAAAUAAUACAUGAAGAGAUAACUGUAACUGUAUGCUUCUUAUUUUGAUACUCUUACUUUGCAUUUACUUUUUUUAUCAGAAUGUUUCAUGACACCUCAUAAGUCGAAUUUCGCGAGAGUCACCCUAAUGUGUUUUUGAACCAUAAACCACGCGAACACAUUGUAUUAUACCAAAUACACAAAAAUAACAUUGUUUUAGCAAUGAAACAUGCGCUGGACGUCACCAGAUUCGCAGAUUCUCAUUAUGUAGUUUACACAGAGACGACAAGGUGCUGUUUUCAGAAAGUUGCGCUUUGAAACCUGGCAUCAAAAAGUUUGCGUUUUCAGUACCCCAAAAUGUUGUCAUGUAAAUAAGCAGCAAAACUGCACAAAAACUUUCCUGUUUAUGAUUAAAACGCUGUAGUGUAAAAUGCCCCUUAAAUUAUUGUCUAUUGAAGACCAGAAUGUGAUGAAAUGCUUGUCAAGUAGAUCUGUCCUGUGUGACAGAUCCAGAGUCUUUCUGUCCCUGAAAAGCAAUUAUUUGAAAUUUCCUUGGCAGCCAUAUUAUCCUGUAUGAUUUCAGAGAGGACAGCGGGCACAGACAGGGUGCUUGGCAUUGUGCUGAAUGAACAGGAGAGAUUUUCUUAGCAGGGGAGCUUCUACUAAAUGAACAAGCAAAAUCAUUUCACCCCUAUACUUUAACUAGAAGCACAAUGAUCAUUGGCCAAUAUUAGGAUUAAAUCGUUUUUAUGGUUCUUGACAAAUGACUCACAUUGUCAAAUAAAAGGUCAUGGAGAGGAAAUAGGACAUUAGUAAAUACUGUAAGUGAAAUGUCCACUAUUAAAUAAAGUACACUCUCAGAAAUAAAGCUGCAAAAGUUUUCACUGGGACAGUACCCUUUCAAAAAGGUACACAUUUGUACCCAAAGAGUGCAUAUUAGGUACAUAUUGGCAGUUCAAAGAUACAUAUUUGUACCAAAAUGGUACAUAUUAGGACCUUUUUAAAGGGUACUGUCCCAGUGUCAGCUUUGUAUCUUUAUUUUUGACAGUGUUUGAUUUUAUAUUAUAAAUGCACUUGUAAGUAUAGAAGGCUGACACCGAGCAAAGCAAUUCUGUGCUUUGCAUAUCUGUCUGUCUGCAACCUUUGUACUAGUAAUAAGCAACUGUAUAUGAUGUCUUUUUUUAAACCGAGCAUCUCUCUGUCCCAAGUUUAAAGGGAACAAGAUGAUUCGCAGUGCCACUGCCGCCAGCAUUAGAGUAAAAGAGCUUACUGAAUACAUGAAUAAAUAUAAGUACAAUCGCA